AUGGACGGAAAUUUAGAGGAUAGUAUUUUGCUUAAAGAACUGAAAGUAUAUCAAUGGAUAUUUUCUAUUUUUGGUCUGAAUUUACCACCAUUUUUAAUAUAUCGUUCACAAAAGGAUUUCAAAUAUUACUUUGUCUUAUUAAUAUACAUUGUUUAUUGUCUUAUACUUAUUUCAACUGCUAUGUGGGCUGCUCAUAGCCAUAAUGACAUUGUGAAAAAAGGAACUCUUAGAUAUAAUUUGGAUUUUAUGACCGCAUUAGUUUCUUAUAUACAAAACGUAGCCAUGGCUGGUCUGCAGUUGUUAUUUGAAUUUAAAUGUUGCUGUUGUUAUCACAAGUUUUGCGAAAUUUUGUUAAGUAUUCGAAAAUUAGAGCGGAAUAUAUUUACAAUGUGCCCGGUCAUUUUAAAGAAACAACCUUUAAGAAGAUGUCUUAUGAUGACCACCGCUCCAGGAUUAUUUAUUUUGGUAUCAUUCUUAAUAUAUUUCAAUGUCAUGCUUAUAGGCAUAGAUCUUGAAUUGAAAUAUAAAUUUCUAGCUGCAAUGUUCUUGAUGACUAUACAAAUAAAAUUUCUGGAAUAUGGCAUUUAUGUACAAUUAAUUUAUGAAUAUUUAUCGAUGUUGUUGGAAAGCUUGAGAUGCCUUAAAGAAAAUGUAAAUAACUCAGCAGAAAGGAAACAAUCUUUGGACUGGUCUUUUUGUAAAUAUUUUAAGCAAAAUCAAGCUUGUUUACAAGAAACUUGGUUCUUGGUCUAUAGACUGGAACAAUAUUUUGCUUGGCCGGUAUUGCUAUUGUUCCUAUAUAAUGGUAUUAUCAUAUUAUGCACAGUGAGCUGGGGUUAUGUUCGAUAUACAUAUGAAACGGAAUUUGUUUAUCAAAUAAGUAAUUUAUCUUAUUACAAUUGA